AAGACGAAGAAGUCGAAGGUGGGACACGUGCAGCGCCGCGUGAUGUCGACGGUUGAGGUUCCUGUUCGGCCGGGCUCGGACCGAGGCCGGGGUGACGGCGACCGCCAGCCGGAAGCACCGCAGGUGGCCGUUGUCGCCUCCUGGCACAACCUGGUCCGCCUCGAUCAAGAGCACGAUGACGCUGCGAGAAACGAGCAGGAAACUCAUUAUGUGCAGCCCGGUGAAAGGCUGCUGUACCGGGUGGUGAACCACAGCAUCACGCGGUUGCGGGAUGCUCGCAAGGCGGCCACAUUUCUGGCCAUCCUCUUGGGCGCCGCCAUGUUGAUCAAGUUGAUGACUGUGGCCGACGAGACGGUCGCCGCACGUCGCAGCCUGGUGCGCGGCCAUUACGACCUGCUGUCGACGUUGCACGCAGUGUGCGACAGCCACGCCUGCCAGAAGUACGUCUGGGAGGUGCAGGCGUCGCUGGACACGUCCCGCGAUCCUUGCCGCAGCUUGUACGACUUCGUGUGCGGCCGCUGGCGACGAGGAGCCGCCGUCCCGUCCGUGCGCGAGAUGGUCGAAGCAAGACUGCUCAAGGAGGCACUGAACACCGUCCUCGCCACGAACUCGGUCACGCCUUCGGUCAGACCGGACACCGUCUCCGACAGGGUGACUGGCCUGGUCAGUUCCUGCUUGUGGGCCAAACGCGAUCCGAGCGAACUGCGUGCGUUCCUGACGAAGCGCGGCGUUCUGCAUCAUCAGUGGCGUAGCAGCCCUCACGCGGUGCUCCGUACACUGGUAGACCUGUCUGCAAACUGGGACAUCCACGUGUGGUUCCAAUUGCGCAUUGAUUCUUACGAAAACGAGUCGGCCACGGUUUUCAUUGGCCGGAGCAAGAGCCUGCGAAAAUGGGCAGAUGUUUUCAGAAGGACCGGAAACAACAUGAAAUACAGAGCGGGCGUCGAGGGUGCCUUCAGAGUGCUAGGUCUGCUGGACAAAGAAGUAGCCGCGAACGUGACGCAGAAGGGGUCGAUGGACGCGCUUGUCAGCACUCUCCUCAAGAACGCCGAGAUGAUCCCCGAGAGAGGGCCACUAGACUUGCAGCUCGAGACGAUGGCAGAAACGUUGACGCCAGCAGUUUCUGCUAAGGCGUGGGUCGAUGCGCUCCGUGCUGCCGUGCCUCCAGAAGCGAACAUCUCGGAAAAGUCACUUGUCCGCGUUGAGAGCACGAGGGUCCUCCGCACUUUGAACAGCCUGCUCGAAUUUGGGAGUCGGAGGCCAAAUGAUGUGGCUCAACACAUCGCCUAUCGGACAUUCACGAAGAUUGGCUGGAUGGUCGACGGCAGCAACUCCACCGUCCGUGACAGCCCACUUCGUUUAAUGCCGGCCAGGAUGACGAACCGGUGUCUGCGCGAGGUGGAGCGGAUGACGGGACUCGCUUGGUUCAGCCUGCUUACGGCCCCGCACGUUGAAGGACACUCGACUCGCGAACCACUGGCCUUGAUUCUCCCCGGCAGGGCUUCGCCAACCAUCAUCGGCAGCCCUGCGGACGCGUCGGUGGAGCUGGGCGACCUUCCAGCCCCGCAGCACUCGUUCUUCGCCGAAUGGGUGGCGUUCAAAGAGGCGAGGCGCGAGCUGACAGCUUCGGGACUCUACGACAUCCUCAGAAUAGACGGCGGGCAAGGUGACUUGUGGCAUGAGGAGCGGAACCUGGCGGUGGAGCCACUCGUCUUCUCUUACCCGUUCUUCCACACCCAGCUGCAUCCCGUGCUGAACUACGGGGGAGCGGAAGGCUAAUAGCGCGGGCUCUCGUCGGCCUCGUUUCGCCUAACGCCUCGGCGAAAACGACCGAAGAGCUGGCCGUGUCAAUGGCUCUGCGCGCCCUUCGCGAUGCUCUGGGCGGUCACGUGGACACAUUCAUAAACAGCGCCGCAGUAGACCGACUGUUUUUCAUGGCUUCGUGCUAUGCCGUCUGCGACGCAGAGGAUGUGGCGGGAACGGCACGUCGCAUGUGUGACGCUCCCGUCAUGAAACUGCGGGCGUACCGCACAGCUUUCGGGUGUAACCCUCCGCGAGGGAGAAAAUCGAGGACUGCGCAUAAAAUGUUUAUCGACUUCGGUCGCUAGGCACCUGA